AUGCCGUCGCCGGACGCGGCGGCGAGGCACACGGGCGCCGGCGUGGCGCGUCGGCAGGCCCACCACGAGCGGAUGCGCGACGAGCGCGCUCGGGAAGCGGCCGCGGGCGACGCGGAGCUUCCGCCGGAGGACGACGCGGUCGAGAUGGCGAGCGCCGUCCACGUGCUGGACAGCGUGGCGGAGGUGGGCCCGAACUACACCCUGCUGCGCAGCAAGGAGACGAAGGCGAAGCGGCGGAAGCGAAAGCGCGAGGAUGCCAGGGCGGCGCUCGACGGCCACUCUGUCCUGUCCACCGGAUCGCGGGAGGAGGACGGGGACGGACGGAUCGUGCACGAGGUCGAGUACGACGGCUAA